AUGGGUAAGAAGAAGCGUGGUCAUCCGGACCUCGAGGAGCUCCUCAGUCGGCCCUGGUGCUAUUACUGCGAGCGCGACUUCGACGACUUGAAAAUUCUAAUUUCUCACCAAAAAGCGAAACAUUUCAAAUGCGAUCGAUGCGGUCUCUCUGUUCACAUGAGCCAAGUCCAUAAAGAGACAUUAAGCGCUGUGGAUAAUGCUCUACCCAACCGGUCAAGUUUGGAUAUCGAGAUAUUUGGCAUGGAAGGUGUCCCAGAAGAUGUCUUGCAGGCUCAUAAUCAACGGGUCAUGACUCAAUAUCAACAGGCUGAGGCGGAACGUCGUGCUGUGACUGGGAACCCCGCAUCUGGAGCGCCAGGUGGUGGCAGUCAGCCUAAAAAACCUAAAUUCGAAAGCCCUGCAGAAUUGAAAAAAAGGCUUGCGGAACAUAAGGCGAAGCUUGCGGAACAGGCGGCUGGAGGGAGCAGCGGUGAUGAAACUCCUAUUGGUGUUGGGCAGACAACUGCUGCUACAUAUGUUCCAACGACUCAGCAUCCUACGAGCCAACAGCAGUUGAAUGGCUCAAGUCAGCCGUAUCAUUACCCACAGCCCUAUGGGCAUACUGGCGCUGCUUAUCAACAAGGUGCGACUUCGUUCCAGAAGCCACCAGAUUACGCUUCUCCCACCUAUGGUCAAUACCCACCUACGGUACAUCAGUACUCCACAACUCAGUUCAACCCUCCCCAAGUGUCACCUCAACAUUACCCGCCCGCUACGUCGGCUUUGCCGCAGCGCCCGUUGGCCUUCCCCACGUCCAGUUUUGGAGCACCCCAAGUCAAUGCUUUCCAGAUGCAACAAUUACACCAUGGCCAACCUUCAUAUGGCUUAGAGCAAUCCCAGAGUAGUCGAAGCCCUUCAGGACCUCAUCUUGUUGGUGAACAACCCCCAACCUCAAUCGACGACUUGAUUUCAGGCGCGGCGAAGCAAGCGGAAGAAAUGGCUGGUAAACCCCCAGCUACUACAGUGAAGCCAAUUGACGGCGCCGGAGAGAAGCCAGCAAAGAAAGAGAAGGAAAAAUCGAAGGCUACGAGAAUGGUGUAUUCUGAUAACGAAAUAAGCCCCGAGGAGAAAAUGGCUCAGUUGCCUAGGUACGCAUAUCUUCCUGAACGGAAGGAGGAGACGGUCCUUGGGGACAACACUACUGCUGCAGUCGCGGGAAUCAAUACAGCUUCCGACCAAUUGGUAAAUCCACCCCAAUAA